GAUAAAAUAACCGUUUGCUCGAGUAUCAUAAUGAGUGCAUGAAAACUGGAAAGGAUUCUUACUAGAGAUGUACUUUAUUUAUUUGAAUUUAGGAUAUUCUUCUACUUCAUAAUUUCCUGUGGACCAGCAUUGAGAAGUUUCUUUGCAUCCCCCUUUAUUGUUGCAAGAUUUCCAUCUUACCACUAUUACCUUCUUAAAGUUGUCGGGCAUUAUUUAACUUCUGACAUUCUCAUGGAUAGGCUGUGUGGAGGUUUAACAUAAAGUAUGGCUGAUGCCGAGGACAUUCAACCCCUUGUCUGUGACAAUGGAACGGGGAUGGUGAAGGCUGGAUUUGCUGGAGAUGAUGCCCCCCGGGCUGUUUUUCCAAGUAUUGUUGGUCGGCCCCGCCACACUGGUGUCAUGGUUGGGAUGGGACAGAAAGAUGCAUAUGUUGGUGAUGAGGCCCAGUCCAAGAGAGGUAUACUGACUUUGAAAUACCCUAUUGAGCAUGGAAUUGUCAGUAAUUGGGAUGAUAUGGAGAAGAUCUGGCAUCAUACAUUCUACAAUGAGCUCCGUGUAGCACCUGAAGAACACCCAGUUCUUCUCACAGAAGCCCCUCUGAAUCCAAAGGCCAACAGGGAAAAGAUGACACAAAUAAUGUUUGAGACGUUUAAUGUUCCUGCCAUGUAUGUUGCUAUUCAAGCUGUCCUCUCCCUUUAUGCCAGUGGACGUACA